AUGGCUGAUGAAUCUUAUUCUGAACCACUUGAUAUUUCAUCUUCAACUGUUCUUAUUACAGGUGGUUCAAGUGGUAUUGGCCUUGGUCUUGCACGAUGCUUUGUUCAAGCAGGUGCUUCAGUUAUAAUAACUGGUCGUCGUGAACAACAAUUGAAAGACGCGGUAGCAGAAUUGAAUCGUAUUGAAAAUAAUAAAGUCAUUUAUCGUAUUAAUGAUGUUCAAAAAAUCGACGAUAGAUUAGCUUUAUAUGAUUGGAUAACACGUGAAUAUCCUCGAACAAAUAUUCUUAUUAAUAAUGCAGGUAUUCAACAACGUCAUCCAUUUAUUCCACAUGAAGUUUCUUCAAAAAAUGUUUCAUGGGAAGAACGAGAAAAAGAAAUUCAUAUUAAUAUAUGUGCACCUAUGCAUUUAUCUCAUUUAUUUAUAACACAUUUUCGUCAAAUGAAAACAACAACAGCUAUUAUUAAUGUUUCAUCAGGUUUAGCAUUUACACCAUUAGCAUUAAUACCAAUUUAUUCAGCAACAAAAGCAGCAAUACAUUCAUUUACAAUGAGUCUUCGAUAUCAAUUGAUCAAUGAAAUACCAAAUAUUCAAGUUUAUGAAAUAGUACCACCAGCUGUUCAAACAAAUCUUGGUGGUAGUCAUGCAUUUGGUGAACCACUUGAUGAUUAUUGUCAAGCUACAUUUGAACGUAUAAAAAAAGGUGAACAAGAAAUUGGUUAUAAACGUUCAGAUGAAGGUAGAAAAUUGGUAUCGCGUGAAGAAUCGGAUAAACAAUUUGUUCUACUUAAUGAAAAUUUUAAGACAAUAUUUCAAAAUCUAAUACAUUAA